AUGGCAGUUAUUGCUGAUUUUAGCGCCAUUAGUGAAGGAGAAGUGUGGCGCCGAUUUAUUGAAGAGGCAAGCAGGCACACACCUAUAGUUGGAGAAAAAUAUUUGGAUCUAAUGGAGAUUGAGAAUCCGUCAAGAGGUGCAGGUGGAAUACUACAAGACAAAAGAGGUUGGACAAUACAGGCAGCAAUGGCAGAACCCCGACAACAGAAAGGACAACAAGGAAGGGGAGGAAGAAAAUGCAUGCGAUGUGGAGGCUUUGGGCAUUUGACAACAGACUGCAGAAGGAGUUGAGAGUGGUGAGGAACUGCAGGAGAGGUAGAAAAAUAAAUUAA